UCACCGUAGUCGCCGGUUCCCUUGUUCAUCCUUGCACGCGACGACCAUAGGUCCUCCGUCGAAAACGCUGCCGGCGACGAGAAAAGUGCUUCUUCCUUCGUAAACGCUACCCUAGAAGACAUUCUCCUGCCUUCCUCCUCGUGCCACAGGCUCAUCUUCAGGUUGUAAAGCUUUCAGAUACUCCAAGCAUUGAAGUCAGAAUUUUGAACUCGAAUUUCCUUCAUAUUCAUGCUUACUUUCUGAAUCUUUUGUGCAAUGAGACCCGUAUCUUCCAUCAAUUUUUCUUCAUUCCAUCGACACAGAAUCUGCAAUUUCUUACAGUAUAAUUAUCUGUGCUCAAAACAAUUACCUGAGGCUGAUUCAAGCAACCACUUUUCUGAGAAAUUCCGGUUGUCGUCCAUUUUUCUUGAGAACGUUUCAUCAGCAACUCAUUCAGAUGAAAGCUCUUGUUGCAUGGAAUCUGCUGCUAUCCAGUCUACUAACUGUACUGAAGGCAAUCCAGUUAUAUCGAAAAGUCAUGUCUUGGACACCCUUCUAAUAUACAAGAGUGAACCUGAACUGGCGUUGAAGUUCUUUAAAGAACAAAGUGGUUAUCUAUAUUGCAUUGAUGUUUUCUGUUUGUUGCUCCAUAUUCUAGUACCCAGCUCUCGGACUCGGAAAGGUGCUAGGAAGUUGCUCAAUAAAUAUCUUUUGGAAAAUUUGUGCGGCUCCCCAAUGGUGCUCAUGGAACAACUGUUUGAGUCGGAGAAAAAGUACGAUCUGGUAUCAGAUCCUCGCGUUUACAAUUAUUUAUUGAAUAGCUGUGUUAGAGCUAAUAAAAUAAGUAGUGCUGUUGAUUGUUUGAAAACAAUGUUUGAGCACGAUGUGUCUACCUGGGCUCCACAUAUAAAUAUCCUUCUGACGGCAAUGCUUAGAAGAAAUAUGAUUGAUGAAAUAUAUGACCUGCAUGAUGAAAUGGCUAGAAGAAAAAUAUGUGUUGAUCGCUAUACGGUGCAUAUAGUAAUGCGUGCAUGUCUGAGAGAAGGGAAGCCUGAGGAGGCAGAGAAGUAUUUUGGACAGGCAUUGGUUAGAGGAGUGGAACUUGAUGCCGCAGCAUAUAGCGUUGUUAUCCAGGCUGCUUGUCAGAGGCCCUGCUCAGAUUUGGCAGUGAAGCUAUUGAAGGAGAUGAAAGAUUCAGGAUGGACGCCAUCCGCUGGUACAUAUACAUCUGUGAUUUGUGCUUGUGUGAAGCAGAGAAAUCUUGCAUGGGCAUUGAUGCUAAAGGAUGAGAUGACGAACAGUGGUAUGCCUAUGAACAUAAUUGUUGCAACGAGUUUGAUGAAAGGAUUUUGUGUGAAAGGGGAUGUGGCUAGUGCAUUACAUUUGUUUUAUGAGAUUGUUGAGGCUGGCGUCACUCCAAACAAGGUUACUUUCUCUAUCUUAAUUGGAUGGUGCUCAAAGAUUGGGACUAUGGGAAAGGCAUAUGAACUUUACUGCCAAAUGAAACUCAUGGGCAUCCAGCCCACUGCCUAUAUUAUUAGUGACCUCUUACGGGGAUUCUUGAGAAUAAAUUUGGUAGAAGACGCAUAUAAAUUGUUUGAUGAGGCUGUUGAUAAUGGUAUUGCCAACACAAUUACUUAUAAUAUCUUCUUUUCUUGGCUUUGUAAAGAUGGUAAGGUUGAUGAGGCUAGUGACCUAUGGGAUACGAUGAUAAAUAAGGGAAUUGUACCGUCAGUGGCUUCUUACAACAUCAUGAUACUUGGUUACUGUAAAAAGGGUUGCAUGGAUGACGCACUUAAUUUGAUGAAGGAGAUUCUUAAAAGGGGUUUAAAACCAAAUGCCAUUACUAUGACUAUUUUGAUUGAUGGUUUCUUCAAAAAAGGCUAUUUUAAACGAGCCUUAGAUGUGUUUGGCGAGAUGGAGGCUGCUAAUAUUGCACCUGUGGAUUUCACAUUUAACACCAUUGUAAAUGGCAUGUGCAAAGUUCGUCGAAUGUCUGAAAUGUGGGAUAUGCUGAACAAGUUUAUUGAGAUGGGUUUUCGUCCUUCUUCAAUGACUUAUAACAGCAUAAUAAAUGGAUAUAUCAAGAAAGGUGAAAUAGUUUCAGCAAUAUCAACCUACAAGGAGAUGUGUGAAAAUGGAAUUUCUCCCACUUCUGUCACUUAUACCUGUUUAAUGGAUGGAUGUUGCAAAAGCAAUAACAUUAAUCUUGCUUUGAAAAUGCAUAAAGAGAUGAAAAACAAAGGUCUGGGAUUGGAUAUUACUGCAUACAGUGUUCUCAUCCAUGGUUUCUGCAAAAGGCAAGACAUGGAAAAUGCAAGCAAAUACUUCUCUGAACUUGUGGAGGCUGGUUUGCAUCCGAACAAAAUUGUUUACAACAGCAUGAUUAGUGGCUUCAGAAAUUUGAAAAAUAUGGACGCAGCAAUUGAAAUGCAGAAGAAAAUGAUAAGUGAGAAUAUUCCUUGUGAUUUGCGGACAUACACGACCCUAAUUGAUGGAUUUCUUAAAGUGGGUAAAUUGAGUUUUGCUUUAGAUAUUUACUCAGAGAUGCGUUCCCAGGGCAUCCUGCCUGAUAUCAUAUUGUAUACUGUUUUGAUCAGUGGACUCUGUGAUGAAGGGAAGCUAGAGGAUGCUUGCAAGAUGUUGAAAGAAAUGGAUGGAAAUAAUAUAGCUCCUACAGUACUUGUUUAUAACACUUUAAUUGCUGGAUAUUUUAGGGAGGGGAAUUUCCAAGAGGCUUUUCGACUGCACGAUGAGAUGCUUGAAAGGGGUCUCAUGCCUGAUGACUCUACCUAUGACAUCCUUGUUUGCGGAAAGUUAAGAGGAUCAUAUAUUCAUCAUGGGGUGUAAGUCUUGAAGAUCCAUCAACAGGUGCAAAGCAAGG